CCAAGCCUGGCUAGACGGCUGCACAGCGACUGGCAUCCUCAUUGUUUACAAAUGUCAUCUGCUGAAACGCGGCCACAACCGAAUACGAGAUUUCAAUGUUGUCUCAGUUGAACCUCGCCGGGAUCUCGUGCAUUGAUCUCUCAGACGCCUUUGGAUGGUUUUGACUUUACCUUGAUUAUUCAAUAGCUUGAGAUGGAUGGCUCUGAAGAUACAUGUUCCUGGGGGCCGGGCUUGCAGCUCGUUCUGCUUUGAUCAAACCACCUCGACUUUGCCAGCAGACCCCCGGGUCGCUACGUCUCGAUCAUGUCCGGAGGAAAUAUAAAAGUCGUGGUACGAUGUCGACCGCUGAAUGCUCGAGAGCUCGCCAGAGGCUCAAAGGGUCUCAUCAAGAUGGAUGGAAAUCAGACGACAUUGGAGCCUCCAGAAACUUCUGGAUCCUCUGCAAAGGCUAUAAGCAAGAAACCAAUGUCAUUCUCUUUCGACAAGUCGUAUUGGUCGGCUGGACCUCGAGAUGAACCUGGCUACGCGAGUCAACAAACUCUGUACGACGAUCUUGGCGUGGAACUGCUAGAUCACAGUUUUGAAGGGUUCAAUACGUGUAUAUUUGCAUACGGUCAGACUGGAAGUGGGAAAAGCUAUUCCAUGAUGGGAUACGGCACAGACAAGGGAAUCAUUCCACUGACCACAUCUGAGCUCUUCCGCCGAGUCGAUGAACUCAGUUCUAAGGAUCCGAAUCUGCAGUACACGGUAGAAGUGUCCUACAUCGAGAUCUACAAUGAGAAAGUACGAGAUUUACUCAAUCCCAAGAACAAGGGCAAUUUGAGAGUCCGCGAACAUCCAUCUCUUGGACCGUAUGUAGAGGACCUCAGCCGAUUGGUGGUUGAAGAUUACGGUCAGAUGAUGACUUUGAUGGAUGAGGGCAACAAGGCUCGGACUGUGGCAUCGACCAAUAUGAACGAGACCUCGUCCAGGUCUCAUGCUGUAUUCACCGUCAUCCUCACUCAAAAGCGGCACGAUGCCGACACCAACAUGACUGGCGAGAAGGUGUCCAAAAUCUCCCUCGUCGAUCUGGCAGGCUCGGAAAGACAGGCGUCUACAGGGGCGACUGGCACGAGGUUGCGCGAGGGAGCGAACAUCAACAAGUCGUUGACUACACUUGGCAAGGUCAUUGCUGCACUUGCUCAGGCAAGCAGCCCGGAACCGGGUAAAGCGAAGAAGAAGAAGGACGAUUUCGUGCCGUAUCGAGAUUCGGUACUCACUUGGCUGCUUAAAGAAAGUCUGGGAGGCAAUUCAAAGACGGCGAUGAUUGCGGCUAUUUCUCCCGCUGAUUACGAGGAGACGCUCAGUACGCUACGGUAUGCUGAUGCCGCCAAGCGGAUCAAGACACACGCUGUGGUCAACGAAGACCCCAACGCGAAACUUAUCAGGGAUCUCAAGGAGGAGCUGGAGAUGCUCCGCAGCAAAGUUGCUCAAAGCGGGGGGGUUGGCGAAUCCACCUUUGAUUCUUCUAUACCUCCUGACAGGCAAAUUGUCACGUAUCAAACGAAAGAUGGCGAGAUCCGCCGGGUGACGAAGCUUGAGCUGCAAGACCAACUGGAGGCUUCAGAGAAGCUCAUGCAGAAUCUGAAUCUUACCUGGGAGCAAAAAAUGGCUCAAACUCAGGCUAUACAUGUGGAGCGUGAAAAGGCAUUGGAAGAGAUGGGAAUCACGGUGGACAAAAACGUAGUCGGCGUUAGCGCCCCUCAGAAGCACCCUUCCUUGGUCAAUCUGAAUGAAGACCCUCUGAUGUCUGAAUGUCUCAUUUACCAGAUCAAGCCUGGUAUUACGACGGCUGGAAGUCUUGAUGAAGACGAUGCUCAGAUCAAGCUGACCGGUGCUCAUAUUCUUCCAAAACAUUGCGUGUUCGUCAAUACCGAUGGUGUCGUCACUGUGCAGGCGAUGGACGAUGCGAGGAUGUUCGUCAAUGGUAAACGAGUGGCACCGGAUUCUCCCGUCAAGUUGUUGAAUGGUUUCAGGGUGAUCUUGGGAGAUUUUCAUGUCUUUCGAUUCAAUGACCCGGAGGCUGUCCGCGCCCAUCGUCAAAAGCUCAGAGGCUCGGCUAGCAUUGGCGAUCUUGGGUCUCUCGAAGGUUCACCACAUUUCCGACCAGAGUCUCCGAGCAGACCAGAUGGCGAAAUGAUGGAUUGGACUGCUGCGAGGAGAGAAGUCGCGGACAUUGAGAAGCUGGGAGAUCAGGACUUGGAAAAGCUAUUUGAUGAUAUUGUCAAAGUCCGAACACAGAGAAAGCGGCCUGAAAGUCGCCGCGAUGUGUCAAAUGUCGAUUUCGCCUCAGAAGAUUCACCCGGAGACAAUCCAUGGGCAACAGUGAACGCAACAACCAUCACGUCAAGUAGCCUGGGGACACCUGUGCAUCUCGAAGGCGACCGAUAUGAUCAGGCCCACGUCGACAUACAAUCCGAGGCUUCCACCGAGCAGCCUGUGCCCCGUUGGGUGGCAGCUUUGGAUCAAGGAGUAGCCGAUGCUCAGCUUGAAUCUGCUCACUUGACGAAGCAAUUAAAAAGCUUGGCUCAGGAACUCCGAAAGAGUCGGGCACAGGCGGUCACGGCCAAGGUUUUCGACCAGACCACAAUUGAGCCUGCAAAUUGGUCGUCGAGGGAACUGAGACUCGUCCAAGGAGCAGUCGCUAAGUGGAAGACCUUCCGGACUUUUACAAUAGCCGAAGAGAUUCUCACGAGGGCAGUGGAUCUGAAGGAGGCGAAUAUCAUUGCUCAUGAGAUGGAUAAAAAGGUGUCCUACAAUUUCGUCGUUGUCGAUGGACGCUCUGCCUCGCCCUCUUCGUCUCUGGAUUCUUUGAAUGGCAUCAUGGAAUUUGAGGAUCUAGCAAACGCAUUCACCCCGACUCCUGGACCGUGUGUGGCGAUCAAAGUCCUGGACAAGGAGGCCAACGCCGUCUACACCUGGGAUAUGAAACGCUUCGACCAGCAAAUCGCCAAAAUGCGCCAUGUACUGGCACUGAAGGAGAAACCCGGAUAUUCGAUUCACUUCAAAGUGGAUUCUCCAUUCACCGACAAUCCUCCGCCUUCGUAUUCUUACAUCGGUGCUGCCAAGGCCAGCCUUUCUCUCUUGGCCCAUCAACUCUCUUCCACCGUCACGAUCCCCAUCCUCUGUCCUUACACGAUGGAAGCUGUCGGCUCGUGUCGCGUGGACAUACAAUGCAAUCUGCCAUCAAGAUCUGGCGUCAUGACGCCAGAGAACCUUGACGACUCGUUCAUUACCCCUUUGAGGGUUGGCGAGAAGUUCUCCUUCGCAAUCGCAAUUGAUACGGUCAAAGCCAUCAGUUCGGCGGAUUUCUCGUGCAUCCAUGCCCAACUUCGACUCUCGUCGAUCGUGGGGCCAAGCGUAGAGUCGGAAGACACCUACACGUCUCAGCUGGUCGACUUGGGCAAAUUCUCCUCCACGCACUUGAGCCUGCGAAGGACAAUCACCAUCGUAGCGACAUCGGAGAUCAUAGAAUAUCUCACCACCUCGUGGAUGUCCAUCGAAUUCUUUGCCCGGGUUAGACCCGAGUUCCUCACUCGUCUUGAGCGAUUCGACCGGACGCGAGAGGCUGUGACUACUACUUCUGUGUCUGCUCCCGGGACACCUGUGCGACCUGGCGAGACUCGGCCGUCGAUGCGACGGUGCGAGACUGAUUUCAUUGGUCCGGAGCAGCACGACAUUCUGGUAACUGUUGCCUUGAGCGAGUUAUCGUCAGAGGGCACUUAUGAGAUUGUCGAGGUCGUGGAUGACGUCUUUCAACUUCGUCAAGGCGUCCAGCGUCGACUGACGUUGGGACUCACGCAUUCGUCGGGCAAGACUCUGCCGUGGACCAAAAUCCUGCACUUGUCUACGAGCGACAUUCGGACAGUCAGCAAAGGCACGAUUUCGUCCGUCAGUCGACCUGGGGUGGAAUGUCGAAUGACUGCGCAGGAGGUCAGACUACUUCCUGAUGGGAUCAGUCGGAUGAGUGCAUCGGGUCAAUGGGAUUCAGCGGCUCAUCACAGUCUUCAACUCGACCGUCGGACAUCAUCUCAGCAGCAUCUCCUGGUCCGACUGACGAUUCUUGUCGAUAUUGAGACAGUUUUUGAACCUGCAGUCUUCAGCCUCGAUCUACCAAUGAAGAUUUUGGCUCGAGAUGCUCGACGCUCAAACCUCUUGGCAUUCUUUAGUUCAUCUCGAUCGUUCACCAGUCUCACGUUCACAUUCGCCUUGGACCUCCAACCGCCGAUCGCGAAGUCCGCAGCAGAUCUAUGGCGACUGGAUACGGCCAAAAAGCAUGUGCGAGGACAGGAGGCUCUUGGUGAUUGGAAGCCUAGGAGCUUGAGCUUGUUGAAUGAUUUCGAACGAUUGAAGAGGGUUGAGACCAGUCUGGGCAAUGUCCAAGUGACAAAGGCUGUGUUAGAGAAAUGGGGAGAGAUGGAAUCGCUCAAAGUGGAUGAUGAGCCAGCGCUACUGGGCAAAUGUGUAGAUCUGUGGAAGAAGGCAGUAUACCAGCGCAUCGUUGUUGACGUCUCCAAACGGACGGAAGAGGAGGUUGCCAUGACCAGAAAGCUUCGAAAGCUGUUGCCCGACCUCGAACCUAAGCUUGUACCUACCGUCAAGCUGCAGCCACGAUUGACGGAAGAGAUCAAAUCUGGCACCUUGAUGAUCCUUCGGAACUCUCAAGUGAACUCUUGGGAAAAGAUGUGGUUCUCCUUGAAAAGACCUUAUCUUCUGGUCCAACCUUCACCCAAUGAAAGGGAGACCCAGAUCAUCAAGCUUACCAAUGCCUACGUCAUUGCUUCUCCGGACGUUGAGAAGCUCCUCGGCCGCCGAUUUGCAUUCACCAUCUUUACGCCCUCCAACUCUUAUGUGCUGCAAGCGCCGUCUGCGAGAGACUUGCAAGACUGGAUGACCGUCAUCAGUGCCACUAUUGAGCCUUGACGUACAGCCUCUCACCUUCCUUCCUUCAUUCCUCCACCAUUCGAAUCUACAACUUGAACGAACUUGAUGACCUUGAUGAUUCGGACGAUCACUUACGACUUGUUACGACUAGAUAGGAUAGUCAGCAUCAUCCAUAUCACCUGCAUUUGCUAUAGCUUCUGCGUAUCGUUUUCGUUUUCCCAUUCAUAGCGAUGCUGGAUGCGGUCAUAGCCGAAGCACAAACGUGCUCCCCGAGACUACAUUGUAGAGCGCCAUGGCUCAUUCAUAUGCUUCAGCUCGCAUGGGUUUCAAUCAUUCUGCAUAACAUGGAGCAGCUACAGGUCGACGACAGGAUCAAGGUCAACCUGUUGAGCAUUGCAUGCUCUCCGUAUUGAGCCCUCUGCCUGAGGUAUUUCCCCCCGCCACAUAUGCCGUGCCAGUGCCACAGUCACUGGAUCUCACACUCUCAGAAUGUGAUAUAAGUGCAUGAUGCAUGAUGCAGCGG